AUGUUGCUUUUUGCUUUGGCAGCCAAAUACCAAAACCCCCCUUUUACCUAUCUUGUUUCCGCUGCAACAAUAGUGCUCACGGAGUGGGUGCUAGCAAGGAAGGGCCCGCGCCAUUGUCUUAAGUUUCUUCCUUCGUUAAUUUUGCUCGAGCUGCUGGAAAGGUAUACACAUCUUGGGCAUAGGGACUUGUUUAUCCUGCCACAGAGCAAAACUCUUGUACCUAUAAUGGCAUCCGGUAAUCCACCAUUUAUCAUAAGGGAUCAUCUUUAUUCCGUAGAUGAUAGGUUGAAGAGAGGGAGACCACCUCCCUUGCUUAAGGGCGCCGACGAGGAUGUAAUUAUUGAUGAAGAACCAGUGCCAGAAGCUACUCCAGUGAUCGACCCCGCAUCUGUAUCAAGGUGCUGCAUAGAAAGGGGUCUGUUUCCGGCAGUUCCUUUGUUCUUUCAAUAUCCCUGCAGCACCAGCAAGGGUUGGUCGGAGUGGGUUGAUGAUGAACUGAAGAACCCGUCUACCCGUGAUAUCCUAAGCCGGGCAGGUGUGCUGGAAGCCAUCUUUGCUUCUAAGGCUUGCGACAUCCAUAUUGAAGUCAAGACGCUUCGACACUUGGUUAGACGGUGGAGCACCGAGACACACACCUUUAUUUGUUCGUGGGGAGAGUUCACUCCCACGCUUGAGGAUGUAGCUAAUAUUUUCCAUCUCCCACUUUGCGGCAGCCAAGAUCCUUUCCACAUUGCAUUAACCCCGGAAGAUGGGCUAAAGCUUGAGACUUUGCGUAAGGGUGCUCCGACCUCUCCUAGUACCUCUCUAAGAUUCAGCAAUUGGAUUCAGUUCUUUGGGAACAGUGACCGAGAUGAGCCGUGUCGCCUUGCUGCAUUCGUGUCCUUGUGGCUCGGGAGGUUUCUCUUUUGUGAUUUUUCUCAAGACUGCUUGCAUGGGAGAGUGUUUCCGUUGGCUUUGGCAAUAGCACGGGGUAGCAUGAUCCCUUUAGCCCCCAUGUUCUUGGGGCACUUAUAUCGUUUGCUUGACCAGAUUCAAUUUCUUGAGAAGGGGGCGGCCGGAACCAUGGCUGUGGAGACUUUUGUAAACUCCAGUUUUCUGCAGAUCUUUUUAUGGGAACGCUUCAAAGGGAUAGAGGUAUCUCCACUCCCUUAUUCAAAGGCUGAGUCACUGGUUGCUUCGGACGAGAAUUCCUACAUGCCGGGUAGUCUUCCUCUGAUCUGUAGAUGGUUCCGUCGCAUGCAACGGAAGGGCCAAAACUUUUUAGAGCUGCUGGACGAUGUUGAGCAAUUUAUUUUCCGUCCCUAUUGUGCCUCAUCAGAGGGCUUUAGAAGUAUGCCCCUCUAUGCUGAUUCUGCUGCUUUAAUGGAGGCCCUGGCCAUGCCAACACAAGGUUGUCGGUUACGCAGAGAGGCAUUGUUGAGUGCCGCAUGCCUCCCUCUGCCCACAUUCGGUGAUGACCACUUGGAGAUUUCUGUGCAUUAUUCCCCUUACGGGGUUUUCUGGACUGGUGACAGUGUGCCAGGAGACGGCAGGCCUCUUGCCCUUGCUCUGGCCAGCCGGCAGCGCGUUGGUGGUCUCUCAAAGGCCUACCAAAAUUAUUGGAACCGCUGCUUUGCCUCGUUCAGCCGAUUCCAUGCUGCCCAUUGUGAUAGAUUGAUUCCCACCAUCAUUCAUCAUGCCCGUUUAGUGUCGAAAGAGAAAGCCGUUUCCCUGAGCGAGAAGCGAAAUCUGCCCUUUAUCUCCAAAAGCGGAGAAAUUGUUGGUGACUUUUCGAAGCUAAAGCGGAAGUUGGAAAAGUCGGGUUCUCACAGCUCCGGGAAAAGUGCUGUACAUGGGAAACGGAAGCGCGAGGAAAGCUGCAGUGCCGAGAAAAGGCAAGCUGUAAAAGGGCCGAAAAGGUUCAUCCCCAAGGUAGCAGCAAGUGGUCCUCCUAGCUCAAGAAAAGUUGCCUUGUCGGGGCCUUUACAGCAGCAGCCUGUAGCUUCCGGCAGCAGCGAGCGAACAGCUCCAAAAGCUUCAUCUCCUCACAGUACUUCCCAAAGUAAAGGCAAGGGUAAGGGGUUUUCCGUGACCCCGAAACGUCGAAGCAUGCGUAUUCUUGAAACGCGGUUUGCUAAUACCCGAAAGAAUAAAGGUGAAGACUCGGGACCCAAAGUAGUGGUGAAGGUUGAUGAUAAUAGUGAUGAUGAUAGUGAUGACAGUGGCGCUGCGGGAAUUGAGACCAACAUUCAUGAGCAAGAGAGCGCUCGCGAUACGAGUGGCAUGGAUGAGGACCUUGAUGAAGGCCAAUACGACGGUCACGACGAAGACACCUAUCCGGCCUUUGGCACUAGCUUGGGGGAGCUCGAUGACUCAGAUACGACUCCUGCUUUGACUAGCGAUCAUGGACAGCGCGUCGAUAUUGAACUGGUCGUGCCCACCAUUGAAGGCACGAUAGGUGCUUCAUCGGAGGCUGAUUUUGCCUUUCCCGCUACUAUCGCUGAAGCUGUGCUGAGCCUUCCGGCAGUGCAACCUCCGCCUUCUCCUAACCCAUGUACUCCUGACAUGGCUGCUGACGCCUCUCCGCCACUUCCAAUAGUUCUUCCUCCUAUUUCUCCAAUUCCGAACGCACCUGACAUAGCUUCCGGCACCGCUCACUUCUUCCAGCAGUACAUCCCCUUACUCUUCCGAUCUCGAGCACACCUGACAUAA